AUGUCCGCACCAAUAAAUUCAGUGACAGACGAUCUUUCAAAACUAGGUAUCGGCAAGAAGCCAGAGACUGAGGCUGCUGAGGUUAAAGCUGAAGCUUCAAAGAAGGCAGGACUUUCAACUGAUUCUGAUUAUAUCAGAAAUUACGACAACUUCGAGCCUGUCGAGGGACUGGAGAAGAAAAGAUGGGCUGAACAUGCUGAGUUCCUUAAGCCAUUCAAGGCCCAUCGUGACGAAAUCAGAAAGUUGGAAUCAAGCGAGCCUUUGCUUAAGGAGAACAUACACAGAUUUGUGAUGUUCCCUAUUCAGUACGAUGAUAUAUGGCAAAUGUAUAAGAAGGCGGAGGCCUCUUUUUGGACUGCUGAGGAGAUUGAUCUCUCUAAGGACUUGACUGACUGGAACAACAAGAUGAAUGCCAACGAGAGAUACUUUAUAUCGCGUGUUUUGGCAUUUUUUGCCGCUUCUGAUGGAAUUGUUGACGAGAACUUGGCACAAAAUUUCAUGAAGCAGGUUCAAUUGCCAGAAGCAAGAGCCUUUUACGGUUUCCAGAUUAUGGUUGAGAACAUCCACUCUGAGACCUACUCUCUUUUACUUGAAACGUACAUCACCGACAAGAAGGAGUCCGACUACUUGUUCAAUGCUAUCCAUACCAUUCCACCUAUUAAGGAAAAGGCUCUAUGGGCUUUGAGAUGGAUAAACAAUGAUGAUGCUUUGUAUGCUGAAAGAUUGGUUGCCUUUGCUGCCAUCGAGGGUGUUUUCUUCUCUGGCUCGUUUGCCUCUAUCUUCUGGUUGAAGAAGAGAGGUUUGAUGCCUGGACUUACCUUCUCCAAUGAGCUUAUUUGCAGGGAUGAGGGUCUACAUACUGAUUUUGCAUGCCUCUUGUUCUCUCAUUUGAAGCAUCCACCUAGUAAGGUUAUUAUUAAGAAAAUUAUGACCGAGGCUGUCAAUAUUGAGAAGACUUUCUGGAGUGAUGCUCUCCCAGUUUCUUUGCUUGGUAUGAACUUCGAUAUGAUGGCCCAUUAUGUUGAAUUCUGUGCCGACAGAUUGCUUAUUGCUUUGGGAUGUGAGAAAGUUUACAAUGCUACCAAUCCAUUCGACUUUAUGGAGAACAUUUCCUUGGCUGGUAAGACUAACUUCUUUGAGAAGAGAGUUUCUGACUACCAGAAGGCUGGUGUUAUGGCAAAAGAGUUGGAAGGCUCUAACAACGACAUUUCUUUCAAUGAGGACUUCUAA